AUGAGCAAUGAACAAAAGAAUGGUGCGGGCGCGCCAGAUGAAGACGAGGAUGACUACAUGAACAUGUCCUUUGACGAGCCUGCACCCGUCAAAGAGACAUCCCUACAGCGCACGCAACGACUGAAGCGCGAAUCACGCGCACGAGGAAACGUCAAAUCAAAAGAACAGAUUGCGGAAGAGGAGGAAGCUGCUCGCGAAAAAGCUCUCUCCACUUCGCUACUGGAUGAUGCAAAGGCCAAGAAGAGCAAAGGUUUUGCCAUGAUGGCAAAGAUGGGAUUCACAGGCGGUGGUCUGGGAAAGAAGACAGAUGAAGGCGCUGCUCCAGGCCGGACGGAACCGAUCAAAGUCAGCGUCAAAGAUGACCGUGGAGGCAUUGGCCUGGAUAAUGAGAAGAAGCGAAAGAUCAGAGAAGCGGCUGAGGAAAGAGACAUCAAAGCCGCCAAGAUGGAUCCCGAUGAGUAUCGUGAUCGUGUGCGGAAAGAGCGCGAGGACGCGAGACUAGAGAAACAGUUCUUUGCGGCUCAACGCAUGGCAGAGAGAAUGGAUGAUGAAAAGGCGGAACUCGCUGGCUCUGGAGAACAAGCAUCGAAAACAAACGAUAAAUCUGGCAAGGCAACACCAACAUCCUCACGCCCUCUCAAAUCAAUAUCGCUUCUGUACCGUGGCCUCGUGAGACACAGAGAAGAAGCCGAGCGAGACAGGCGUAUGCGAUAUGAUCUUGAACAGUCACUAUCAAGGCUACCUACGUACGAGGAUGAUCAGGAGGAUGAAGACGAUAAGAGGGCUCUGGGUAAGGGACAGACUGUGUAUGCUACGGCUGAUGAUUUGGAUGAGGAGGACGAGGAGUUGGAUCAGUUCAAUGAACUUGAGAUUGGGGAGAGGUUGAAGACAGUCUUGGAAUACCUGAGGGAGAAACAUCAAUAUUGCUUCUGGUGCAAGAUGGUGUACCCUGAUACUGAGAUGGAGGGUUGUCCUGGAUUGACUGAGGAGGAUCAUGAUUGA